AUGCCUAUUUUACUCUUCCUGUUAGACACGUCCGCUUCUAUGAAUCAGCGCACUUAUUUGGGUACGACGUAUCUGGACGUUGCUAAAGGCGCGGUUGAGGUCUUUAUGAAGCUGCGUGCCCGAGACCCGGCUAGUAGAGGCGACAGGUACAUGCUAGUUACAUUCGAUGAUCCACCAUACGGAGUGAAGGCGGGCUGGAAAGAGAACCACUCCACCUUCAUGUGCGAGCUGAAGAACCUGCAGGCGUCCGGCCUCACCACGUUAGGGCACGCUCUCCGCACAGCCUUCGACCUGCUCAACCUCAACCGCCUCGUCUCAGGCAUCGACAACUACGGACAGGGCCGUAACCCCUUCUUCCUCGAGCCAUCUGUGAUCAUCACCAUCACUGAUGGGAACAAGCUUACACACAGCUCUGGGGUGCCAGAUGAGCUGCACCUGCCUCUGAACUCUCCGUUGGCGGGCAGCGAGCUGACCAAGGAGCCCUUCCGCUGGGACCAGCGUCUGUUUGCGUUGGUGCUGCGGCUGCCAGGAGCGUCCACACCGGACACGGAGCAGCUCGGCAGCGUCCCCACAGACGAGUCCGCCAUCACCCAGAUGUGUGAAGUCACCGGAGGGCGGUCGUACUGUGUGCGGACUCAGAGGAUGUUGAACCAGUGUCUGGAGUCUCUGGUCCAAAAGGUUCAAAGUGGUGUCGUCAUUAAUUUUGAGAAGACAGGGCCGGAUCCGCCUCUCAUUGGUGAAGAGAACUCCGCAGAGCCAAGUCGUCCCGUGUCUUCCUUCAGCGCUCAGCCGUGGCACAGCUGCCACAAACUCAUCUACGUGAGACCAAACCCCAAGACGGGGGUCCCGGUCGGGCACUGGCCCAUCCCAGAGUCCUUCUGGCCCGACCAGAACUCUCCCAACCUGCCCCCCCGCUCUGCCCAUCCUGUGGUGCGGUUCUCCUGUGUGGACUGCGAGCCCAUGGUGAUCGACAAGCUUCCCUUUGACAAGUACGAGCUGGAGCCCUCCCCCCUCACCCAGUUCAUCCUGGAGAGGAAGUCUCCUCACAUGUGCUGGCAGGUGUUUGUUAGCAGCAGCGGGAAGCCCAGUGAGAUGGGACAGCCUUUCGGCUACCUCAAAGCCAGCACCACUCUCACCUGUGUCAACCUGUUCGUCAUGCCGUUCAACUACCCCGUGCUGCUCCCCCUGCUCGAUGAUUUAUUCAAAGUGCACAAACUAAAACCAAACCUGAAGUGGAGACAGUCGUUCGAGAUGUACCUGAAGACAAUGCCUCCAUACUUCCUCUUGCCCUUAAAGAAGGCGCUGAGGAUGAUGGGUGCCCCUAAUCUCAUUGCAGACACUAUGGACUGCGGCCUGAGUUACAGUGUCAUCUCUUACCUGAAGAAGCUCAGCCAGCAGGCAAAGAUGGAAUCAGAUCGUCUCAUCGUGUCUGUGGGGAAGAAGGCUCCCCAGGAAACGGGCAUCAAGGUGAAGAACCACUCCACCACGCUCUCUCUGGCCCACCGGCGGGACUUCCAGCAGCUGCUGCAGGGCAUCACCGGGGAGGGCCCGCUGCGCCUGGCCGACAUGAACUUCAAAGAGUUCGCUGGCUUCCAGAUCGCCCUGCUCAACAAGGAUCUCAAACCUCAAGCUUAUCGAAAUGCGUACGACAUCCCGAGGCGGAAUCUUCUGGAUCAACUCACGAGGAUGCGCUCCAACUUGCUGCGGACGUCGCAAAAACUGAUCCGAGGGCAAGACGAAGACUAUCUGCACAGUAUCCCGGUGGCUCAGAUGGGAAACUAUCAGGAGUAUCUCAAAAUGAUGCCGUCUCCUCUGAGAGAGAUCGACCCCGACCAACCUAAGCGCCUGCACACAUUCGGGAAUCCUUUCAAGCAGGACAAGAAGGGGCUGAUGAUCGACGAGGCAGAUGAGUUCGUAGCGGGCCCUCAAAGCAAGAAAAGAGGAAAUUCCAACGAUUCAAACUUGAGUACGACGAUGAAGAGGAGGCGGAGCAUGUCCCCGUUACUGCGGCGACCGCAAACUCCACCAGUGAACAACAACCACGUGCCGGCAGGGAAGAGUCCUGCUGCUGUUCAAGGGCAGCAGAACCUCAUAAAACCCAUCCCACUGCACAAAGGAGAGGAUGACAACAACAUGUUGGUCGCUGAGAGUAACGGUGACGGGGAGCCAGAGUCGGGGGGGAUCUGGCCCGCCGAGGUGGACGCUGUAGCUGAGACCCCUUCGUCUCCACUGAGCCUCGAGGAGAAGACGGAGCCGGGGGCAGCAGACGAGACGGAGGACGUAGACAUGAUGGAGGACAGACUAGAGGACAGACUAGAGGGCAGACUAGAGGACAGACUAGAGGACAGACUAGAGGACAGACUAGAGGGCAGACUAGAGGGCAGACUAGAGGGCAGACUAGAGGGCAGACUAGAGGACACACUAGAGGAAGACAGUCUAGAUGAGGAGGUGGAGAGACUCAACUGUGACCGACUGAGCCCCCAGAGCCAGAUGGAAGACCCUGAAGAGGACCCUGAAGCGGACCCCGAGACGCUGCAGCCCAUCUUCAUCGCCCCGCUGGACGGCAGCCAGGCGGAGCUGAAGAGUCAGAUCAUCAAGGAGGUCCGCAAACCUGGGAGAAACCAUGAAUCAAUACUCGGUCUACUGCAGCAGGUGAAAGGACCAGUGGAUGUUCAGAAGUACUUCAUCCAACACGCUAUCAGAGAGGCCGCCAGGUUUAAGAAGCGGGUUCUGAUCCAGCAGCUGGAGACGUCCCUCGCUGAGCUGGGAGAGACAAGCGCCCCCCCAGAGCUUCCCAAUGAUAACGGCAGCAGUUAGUGAUGAAGACACAUUUUCUUUGUUAGUAAAAAAGGGAAUAAAGCUCUUAUCUUGUUGACCAUUUCACUCACAGCAAUAGAGACGUCCCUGUCGACUGGGCAUCAAGAAGACAGAUUGAGGAACUGGGGGUUCAGCGGGGUGGGGGUUGAUAGGAAUCCCUCCCACUCUACAUGUGCUGAGAGUAAUGGAUCCACUGAGGAUGAGGAGAGACUCUAAAGUGUAAUCCUCUUCAUAUUGACUGACAGCAUGCCUUAAACAUCCAUAUGGCUUUUGUCUGUAUCGGCACAUUGUUCAGUACCACACACACACACACACCCACACACACACACCACAACACACACACCACAC